AUGAUUUUAAAAUACCUUCAAAUAUUGGUAGCAUCAAUUAUGCUAUUUCCAUCCUUUUUCAACAAAACAAAGGAUAAAAAAUCAAAAAAUAUUUUAUUCGAUAACUAUUAUAUGGAUGUGUCUAAAAAUUUAUUUAAUUUUCUUUUUUUAAGUACUUUUUUAAUCAGUGGUUCAAUAUACAUUGGAAGUCAUCAAAAAUAUGAUAAAGAAAAUAUUUUUUCAAAACAUUUACCAAUAUUUAAAGAUAGAUUUUUUGAAAAAAAUCAAUUACCUUUUGUUGAUUUGAUUAAUAGACAACCAAUAAGAAUUAAUGCUUUAGUUGUUGAUAAUAAUUUUGAUCCUGAUAUUGUUUUUGGAUCACAAAAAAAUAAACUAUAUAAAAAGGAUUUUACUACGAAUAGUGGACAAAAUUUAGAAAAUACACCUUCUAAUUCAUUACAAUUAUCUGGUAGCAGAAAAUCAUCAACUUCUGAAUUAGAUAAACAUUUUAAACAACAAUUUGAUAAAAGAGAUCAAUCUCCAUAUGGUAAUAGAUCACCAUUUAGUGAUAGUGUUGAUGAAUAUAUUGAUGAAGCAUUAAAUAAUGGAGAAUUUGAUUUAAACAAUUUAUCAUGUAGCGAAAAAGAUAUUUGUGAUAGUCUUUUUUCGUCUUUAGACGAAGUUGAGAGAAACGAUUAUCCAUAUCAGCAUUAUCCAACACAGGAGGAGAAUUUUCUUACUUCCGAGUUUGAAAUUAUUGCACGGGAGAUGCAAAAUAAUCCAACAGAUCCACUUUCUUCACAUUUUGAUCCUUAUAUGUAUGAUAUGAAAAUGACACCUAAAAGAUUAGAUAUUCCAAAUAGUCAAAAUAAAAGAAAAGGACAAAGUACAUCAGAAUCAGUAUCGCUAUUUGGGACUACAAAAAUAAAUGUUAAAAGAGUAAUAAGAAAAGAGAACAGUGUACCAAAUGAUGUACCUGGAGAUAUGUCACUUAGACCUGAGUUAGCUCAAGAAAAAAUAAAAGAAUUUGAAAAAUUUCCUUUUGUGGAAAAUGAAGUUUUAAAAGGUUAUUAUAAGGACGUAAGAAAGAAAUCAGCUGGACGUGUCUCAAAAGAUAAUGAAUUACUUAUUGAAAGUAAUAUUAAUAUAACUCCUGGUGAACUUCGUGAUUUUACAUUAAAACAAUUUAAAAAAUUUCUAGAUAAUAAUAAUUUAAGUGAAGAACAAAAAGCAUUAUGUAGAAAUAUUCGAAGAAGAGGUCGCAAUAAGAUAGCAGCAAAAAAAGUCCGCAGCAAUAAGCUUGGUAAAAAUAAAAAAUCAGAUGAUUCCAGAUUUGAUUUAAUAUCAAUCACUUCUACAUCAUUUUUAACUGACCCAGAACCAACACCAUCUAGAUAUAUAAGAAAAUCUCAACCCAAAAAUGUAGAAUAUGAAUUUUCAGAUGAUUUACUUGAAAAAUCAGAUCCACUCUACAGAAUUCACGAUAUUUAA